AUGCGCCUACUCCUACUCUCGCCGUCGACUCCGGCUCCCGCCGCCUGCCGCCACCCCCCUCUCCCGCCCCCUGCUGCCACCUCCGGCCGCCAUGUCUGCUCGCACCGCUUGCUCUCCCUCUCACGCCGUCGCUCACGAUCCCGUCGCGCGCUCCGGCUCCCGUCGCCUGCCGCCACCCCCCUCUCCUACCCCCUGCUGUCACCUCCGGCCGUCAUGCCUGCUCGCACCGCCUGCUCUCCCUCUCACGUCAUCGCUCACGCUCCCGUCGCCUGUCGCCACCCCUCGCUCCCACCCCCCUGCUGCCACCUCCGGCUGUCAUGCCCGCUCGCACCGCCUGCUCAGCUCCCACCAUCCACUCCUGCUCCACCUCCUCAACACUUCCUGGUUGUUGAUACGAGACCGCUCAGAUCGACGAACUCGGCUCGCUCCGAUCAAAGGAAUUGA